AUGUCAUCAUUCAAUGGCCGUCUACGUUCGACAUCGGCUUGUCAAGGUCAAUCGAAUACAAUGCCGCAACAUCAACCAACAAACUCGAAUAAUUACCCAAGUACAGGUAUUACACAGAGUUCCAUGGGUUCCAAUACAGAAUCAUCAUCGGUUUUCUUACAACAACAACCCAUAAAUCAAGUAACUUCGUCCAAUUCAUUAUUGAAUGAACAAUGCCGACGUUCGGAAAUCGAAGAUGAAGACGAUCUCAUGGAAACGAUCGCACGAUUAGUUCAUGUAUUUCUAUCUCGACCUGGUCGACGUCAACCCUACAAGACUUUGUUUCGAUGGUCGACCAAUUGUGGUACUAUGCCAUCUUAUCACGUAAUGGUCACCAUUGAUCAAGAUUCUCACUCUACUUCAUCUAUCUGA